UGUGCAAAAAUGUCUUAUUCUUCUUCAGCUUUUCCUUCUGUGGUCUCAAAAUGCACCGUUGUCCCUCACCGGAACUCAACUAUGGGAGACCUCAAGCUCUCUAUCUCCGACCUUAACAUGCUCUUAUCUCACUACAUCCAAAAGGGAUGUCUCUUCACCACUCCUUCACUUCCCUCUUCCGCUCUCAUCCCUCACCUCAAAAACGCUCUUUCCCAAACCCUCUCUCUCUUCCCUCCCCUCGCCGGCCGUCUCAAAACCGACGCCGACGGAUACGUCUACAUCACAUGCAACGACACCGGCGUCGACUUCAUCCACGUCACCGCCGCCGAUAUCUCCGUCGCAGACCUCCUCUCCCCGUCGUCGUCGUCGUCGUCGUCCGAUGUCCCUCCAAUCUUCAAACAACUCUUCCCCUUCCACCACAAAAUCAGUUACACCGCUCAUUCCUCCCCAAUCAUGGCCUUCCAGGUCACCGACCUCGCCGACGGCAUCUUCCUCGGCUGCGCCGUCUGCCACGCCGUCACCGACGGCGCCUCCUUCUGGAACUUCUUCAACACCUUCGCCGGAAUCUCAAGAGGAGCCACCACCUCUCCCUCCACCCUCCCGGAUUUUCGCCGCGAAUCCAUCCUCAACUCCAACGUCGUGCUCCGCCUGCCAGAAGAAAUCAAGGUGACCUUUAAUGUAGAGGAGCCUUUUCGCGAGAGAAUCUUCAGCUUCAGCCGCGAAUCAAUUCAGGAACUGAAAGCUACUGUGAACAAUAAUGGCUUGACAUCGUUUCCGCCGCCAGAGAAUGGUGACGCGGUUGAGUUGAUGGCGAAGAUGAGCAACGACACGCAACCGAAAACGGUGACGACGACAGAGAUUUCGUCGUUUCAGUCACUGUGCGCGUUGGUGUGGCGCUGCGUGACCAAGGCGAGGAAUAUCGAGGGGUCUAAAACGACAACGUUCCGCAUGGCAGUUAACGUUCGCCAACGCUUGGAACCCAAGUUGGGGGACUGUUACUUCGGGAACGCGAUUCAGAGCAUUGCCGCGUGUGCAGAAGCUGCUGACGUGGCGUCUAAGGAGCUUCGCUGGUGCGCGGAGCAGCUGAACAAAAGCGUGAAGGCGUUCGAUAGUGCUACGGUGCACCGCAACGUGGAAAAUUGGGAGCGCCAGCCAAAGUGCUUCGAGCUGGGGAACCACGACGGCGCCACCGUGCAGAUGGGAAGCUCGCCGAGGUUUCCGAUGUACGACAAUGAUUUCGGAUGGGGGCGGCCCUUGGCCGUGCGCAGCGGCGGAGCGAACAAGUUUGACGGCAAGAUGUCGGCGUUUCCCGGGAGGAAUGGCGGCGGCGCCGUCGAUUUGGAGGUGGUUUUGGCGCCGGACACCAUGGCGAGACUUGAGUCUGAUUCUGAGUUCAUGUUUUACGUGUCUGGUUAGUAGGGACGCGUGUUUUAUCUGGAGGACUUAGCUCUCUGAGUUAUAUUGUUGUUGCCGUUAGAUUGUGUUUAUGUUUUUCUUUUUUGAAUGUUAGAUUGUGUUUAUUUACGUAAAAACUUGAGUAACGCCGUAACGGCAAGCUUAGAAUGGGGCUGAUUUUGCUGUGCGGAUAGCAUUUCCGCGACUGCGCCAUUGUGCGUUAUUGCCUUAUUUGUAUUGAUUCCAGUUCCUCAAAUCAAGUUGGCUUUUAACUUUUAGUUAUCA